CUUCUCUCUCUUUCUUUCUUUCUCUCGUCUUGAAAAUUAGGGAGCUCUUCUCUCUCUCUCUCAUCUGCAAACUCUGCAACUGAUUAUCAGAUCAACCGCUUUUUCAGAUUCUAUCUUCGCGAAUUCAACGAUUUCAACUUCAAAUUCUCAUUCGCUAUAGCAAACAGCAAUCGACAUCAGUGAGCCGACAAUCGUAGAAUUAGUAAAGUUUACUCGCUUUUUGAUUGAUAUCUCUGUUAAACCUGAAUCGGAGAAAGAUAUCAGCAUUAGUGAACUUAGGAGUGGAGAGACUAUUCAUUGACUAGGUCUUUAUUCUCGAAUUGGAGUUUCAGAUUGUGAAUUGGACUGUUAAUUGUGAUUCACAAAAUGAAGGGCUUGCAUACCAGAAUGUGUUUGAGUGUUGGCACUUGUUUGGGAGGGUGAACUCUUGCUUGUGGUUGAUGAAUAUGAUGACUACAGAUGCUAACAGAAACGGUGGUCAGGUUGAAAGGGACAUUGAACAGGCCAUUACUGCACUUAAGAAAGGCGCAUAUUUGCUCAAGUAUGGAAGAAGAGGAAAGCCAAAGUUUUGUCCUUUCCGACUGGCAAACGAUGAAUCUGUAUUGAUUUGGUUCUCUGGCAAAGAGGAGAAACACCUCAAGCUGAGCCAUGUGUCUCGAAUUAUUUCUGGUCAACGUACUCCCAUCUUUCAAAGAUAUCCAAGGCCUGAGAAGGAGUACCAGUCUUUCUCUCUAAUAUAUAAUGACAGGUCCUUGGAUUUGAUAUGUAAGGAUAAAGAUGAAGCUGAAGUAUGGUUUAGUGCUCUGAAGGCAUUGAUUUCUCGUAGCCAUCAAAGGAAGUGGAGAACAGAAUCAAGAAGUGAUGGAAUUCCAUCUGAAGUCAAUAGUCCACGCACAUACACAAGGAGGAGCUCUCCUUUGCAUUCUCCAUUUGGUAGUGGUGACAGCUUGCAGAAGGAUUGUGAUCAAUUUCAGCUUCAUAGUCCGUUUGGAAGCCCACCAAAAGGUGGUAUUGAUAAGGCGUUUUCAGAUGUGAUGUCAUACACUGCUCCUCCCAAGGUUUUCUUUCCCCCCGACUCUGCUAGUGGUUCUGUUCACUCUGUGUCGUCAGGAGGCUCGGAUAGUCUACAUCAUAUGAGAGCAGCGGGAGUGGAUGCUUUCAGGGUAAGCCUAUCCAGUGCUGUUAGCUCAUCAAGUCAAGGUUCUGGUCACGAUGAUGAUGAUGCAUUGGGGGAUGUUUUCUUUUGGGGUGAAGGGACAGGGGAUGGCGUUAUUGGUGGUGGUUCCAACAGAGUUGGAAAUUCUUUUGGAGUUAAAGUUGAUUCAUUAUUACCUAAGGCUUUAGAGUCAGCCGUAGUGCUUGAUGUGCAGAAUAUUGCUUGUGGUGAACGGCAUGCUGCAUUAGUCACUAAACAAGGAGAGGUGUUUUCCUGGGGAGAAGAAUCGGGUGGUAGACUUGGGCAUGGUGUGGAUUCCGACGUUUUACAACCAAAGCUAAUUGAUACUCUGAGUAAUAUAAACAUUGAGCUUGUAGCCUGUGGAGAAAAUCAUACUUGCGCUGUAACACUUUCUGGGGAUCUUUACACAUGGGGCAAUGGACAUUUUGGUCUUCUCGGGCAUGGAAAUGAAGUGAGUCAUUGGGUUCCAAAAAGGGUAAAUGGGCCACUAGAGGGUAUUCAUGUUUCAUCUAUAUCCUGUGGGCCAUGGCACACUGCUGUCGUGACGUCAGCAGGACAACUGUUUACGUUUGGGGAUGGAACUUUCGGCGUUCUGGGUCAUGGAGAUCGGAGAAGCAUUUUAAAACCGAGGGAAGUAGAGUCACUGAAAGGGCUUCGAACUGUUCGUGCAGCUUGCGGCGUUUGGCAUACAGCUGCUGUUGUGGAAGUGAUGGUGGGGAAUUCGAGUUCAAGUAACUGCUCGUCGGGAAAACUGUUUACCUGGGGAGAUGGAGACAAGGGACGACUCGGACAUGGAGACAAGGAAACGAGGCUAGUUCCCACCUGUGUUGCUGCUCUCGUCGAACCCAGCUUCUGCCGAGUUGCAUGCGGACACAGUAUGACUGUUGCACUCACCACUUCGGGCCAUGUUUAUGCAAUGGGAAGCCCUGUUUAUGGACAGCUAGGAAAUCCUCAAGCUGAUGGGAAGCUGCCAUCUCGUGUAGAGGGAAGGCUGAUGAAGAGCUUUGUUGAGGAAAUAGCUUGUGGAGCCUAUCAUGUUGCGGUUUUAACUUCGAGAACUGAAGUCUACACUUGGGGAAAGGGAGCAAAUGGUCGGCUAGGUCACGGUGAUACCGACGACAAGAAUUCCCCGACUCUCGUAGAAGCGCUAAAAGACAAACAAGUGAAAAGCAUUGCUUGUGGCACUCAUUUCACAACAGCUAUCUGCCUUCACAAGUGGGUUUCGGUAGUUGAUCAAUCUAUGUGUUCUGGUUGUCGCGGUCCUUUUAAUUUCAAGAGGAAACGUCACAACUGCUACAAUUGUGGUUUAGUAUACUGUCAUAACUGCAGCAGCAAGAAAUCACUUAAGGCCUCUAUGGCACCGAAUCCUUACAAGCCUUAUCGAGUUUGUGAUAGUUGCUACAGUAAACUGAAGAAAGCCAUUGAAAAUGACGCUUCAUCUCGUUCUUCUCUUGGUAGAAGAGGAGGAAAUAUGAGCCAAGGAGGACCAGUUGAGCUCACUGAAAAAGAUGACAAGUUGGAUCCUAGUUCGCGUCCGCAACUGGCCAGAUUUGCUUCCAUGGAAUCCCUUAAGCCAGGGGAUACUCGAAAUUCGAAGAAAAACAAGAAGCUGGAAUUCAAUAGUAGUCGUGUAUCAUCACAGGUUCCUAAUGGAAACGGUUCCCAGUGGGGAGGCCUUAAUAUAUCUAAAUCCUUCAAUCCUGUAUUUGGUUCGUCUAAAAAGUUCUUCUCGGCUUCUGUUCCUGGUUCUAGAAUCGCUUCUCGAGCAACAUCGCCAAUAUCAAGACGACCUAGUCCCCCUCGCUCCACCACACCAACCCCUACUCUAGGGGGUCUGACAUCACCAAAAAUCUGUGUGGAUGAUGCCAAGAGGACAAAUGACAGCCUCAGUCAAGAAGUUGUUAGACUAAGAGCUCAGGUGGAAAAUCUUAAUCGGAAAGCUCAAAUGCAAGAAAUAGAGUUGGAAAGAACAAGUAAACAACUGAAAGAAGCAAUAGUUAUUGCAGGAGAAGAAACGGCAAAAUGUAAAGCAGCAAAGGAAGUUAUCAAGUCUCUGACUGCCCAAUUGAAGGAGGUGGCGGAAAGGCUGCCAGUGGGAGCAGCAAGAAAUACAAAGUCUUCUUCCUUCACUUCAUUGGGAUCUAUUAAUCCUUCGUCAAAUGAUAUGAUUCCAAAUCCCUCUUUGGAAAAACCUAAUGGUCAAGCAAGUAGUGAAGAUCUUGAUUCAAACAAUACCCCAUUGCUUCUUCUUAAUGGGUCAAACUCUAGUAUCACUUCUUCUGUUACAACUACUACCAACACCACCAACUCCAGCCGCACUCCAGGGCAUAGCCGACAAUUAGUGCAGGCAGAAACAACGAAAAGUGCAUCCAAAACCAAGGAAAGUGAUUCUCGUAGCGAGAACAACAGCAACACCAAUGAGUGGGUUGAGCAAGACGAGCCUGGUGUAUAUAUUACACUUACGUCCUUGCCUGGAGGCGCCAAAGAUCUUAAAAGAGUCCGCUUCAGCCGGAGGAGAUUUAGCGAGAAACAAGCUGAGCAAUGGUGGGCAGAGAACCGAGCGAGAGUGUAUGAACAGUACAAUGUACGUAUGGCUGACAAGUCGAGCGUGGGUACCGGGAGUGAAGACUUUGCAACGCAUUGAGAAGAGGAAGAAGAAGAUUAUAGGAAGCAAAAUAUUCAUAUGAUUGUGAUUGUGACUGUGACUAAGUAAUAUGAUUUGAUUGGCUUCUUCUAUGAUCAAUGAUAUUAUAUUAUAUAUUGA